CUGCCUCUUCACUUCACCUCAAGCCUCUCUUUUUACAUUCCAAAAGUUGCAAUCUGUAGCAUCUUCAGCCACUACCUUAGUAUACUUAGCCUGUAAAAAAAAAUUCUGACUGAACAGUACAGACAUCCAUCUUUCCAUCUCUCAGCCUCACCUAAAAAAAAAUAUUCACCCUUCCUUCACAUCUCACCAACAUCGUCCAUCACCACCAUGUCAGCUCCUCCACACUCCCUCCUCGACCCCUCCAUCUUCGCCUCCCUCGAGUCCAAGCUCGAGGAAGAGACCCAAGUCCGCGAUACCCUCUCCCAGAUCGUCCAGCGCCUCGAACGCGCCGUCGCCACAGCCCAGGGCCUUCUCUCACGAGUCCACUCGACGCCUCGCUCACGCUACCCCGCCCUCGUAGCUCAAGUCGAAGCCGCCGUCAAGGAAGAAGCCCUCAUCAUCAGCGAGCUUGAAAAAGUCGCCUCUCAGCAUCCUUACUACAAAUACAACCACAAAUGGUCGCGCUCCAUCCAAAACGCCAUCGGCACAACCAUCUACUGCGCCUGGCUGGGCGGCUUUCCCGCCGAAUCUUCUUCAUCCUCACCUGAAUCAACCUCCAAGGCACCCGAAAUCGGCCGCCUCCUCACCCUCGAAGAAGUCGGCGCCAUCUUCUCAGUCCCAACAAACCUCAAGGACCGCGACGCCUUCCACCUCACCAUUGAAGAAUACCUCCUCUCCCUUGUCGACCUCACCCAGGACCUCUCCCGCCUCGCCACAAACGCCGUCACUCUCGGCGACUUCCAGCUUCCCCUGACCAUCAGCGCCUUCGUCAAGGACCUCUUCGCCGGCUUCCAGCUGCUCAACCUCAAAAACGACAUCAUCCGCAAGCGCGCCGACAGCGUAAAGUACGAGGUCAAGAGGGUCGAGGACGUCGUGUACGAUUUGAGCCUCAGGGGCUUGAUCCAGCGGCCCUCGGCUGGAGACACCGAGAUGGAGUCUGCUUAAGUUCUUGGGUUAGAGUAGCAAGGGAUAAUGCAACACUGGACAUCAACUUAAAAAUAUCAUUUACAAACGGUGACAUCAUACGCUUUUAAUAUUUACAACAUGGCUAGGUGAAGAUCAAGUAAUUCACACAUUCACAUUGACGAAUACGUACGCAAAUGAUGAUUAAUAAAAGA